AAGAGUACCGAGCAAGUGAAGGGAGAAGCUCUCCUGUCCCGAGACAGUCGAUAACUAAGAAAAGCGUCAGUAGUCAGAGUCGACCCGAGUCCAGGAUCAGACCGAGCGAGCACUAUGACUGACCAUCGACCGCGGCCCACUGUCACCUUGCUCAUCACCCUGGCGACUUUUCUCGCUUCCGGUGAAGCAACUACGCUGCUGGGCGCGCCACCUUGCCCCGACCCCCAUGGUGUUCACACGUACGCUCACCCCGAGAACUGCAAUGCCUACUUCCUCUGUACGAACGGCACCCUGACCCUCGAAUACUGCGAGAAUGGAUUACUCUUCGACGGCCACGGGGCCGUACACGAUCACUGCAACUAUUAUUGGGCCGUCAACUGCGGGGAUCGCAAGGCUGACCUCACUCCGAUCAGCAGCCCUGGCUGCGAGUAUCAAUUCGGCCUCUAUCCAGCCAGCGACUCAUGCAGCACCACUUACAUUAAAUGCAUCCACGGACACCCUCAGGAGGAGCACUGCGACGCGGGAUUAGCUUACGACGCGAAGAGUCACACCUGCGUCUGGCCAGAUCAACUGUUACCCUACUGCAACCCGGAGGAGAUCGUCGGCUUCAAGUGCCCGCACAAAGUGCCCUCUCAUAGUGCGGCUGCGAAAUUCUGGCCCUAUCCGAGAUUCCCUGUGCCCGGAGAUUGUGGCAGACUGAUCACCUGCGUCGAUGGCAAUCCACGUUUGCUCACGUGCGGCGACGGAAAACUCUUCGAUUCCGCAAGUCUCAGCUGCUUGGACCCAGAGGAAUUGCCCCAUUGUGCCAAUGAUCUUUAAAUCACGUAGAAACGUCUGCCUGUCAAACGUUUCAAAAUCUCGAAAUCGCAAGUCCCCGUCGCUCAUUAGGGACGCUCUCCUCGAUUAGAAGACAAUUUGCUUGCUUACCGAAGAAACCACGGAAUAUCCAGCUGAAUUGCUUGCUUACUUUAAUCGACCAUCCAUCAGUUCACGAGAAAUCUCUCGAAGGAGAACAGCCUCAUGCAAUAACGACGAUGAGAACGACGACAUGUACAACGGAUAAUAAUUGGAAUAAAAUGUCGACAUGCGUACAAAAAAUA